GAUAAGGAGCAACGUGGCGAUGUUCAUCCUCGGAAGCACCUGCUGCAACCUCGUCAACCUGAGCUUGUGGCCCAUGACCAUUCUUUGGAGGCAGCACGGCCGCUGGCUCCUGGGCUCUCAACUGUGCGAAGUCAUGGUGAGCGCCAAACACAUGACGAGCACUGCCUCCUUCCUCUACGUCUCCUUCAUUACCUUCUCCGUUUACCUGACUAUGGUGUGUGGCCGCAGGCACCUGGUAAACAGCAGGGUCUUCCUCGCUCUGCAGCUUCUCAUCCCUUUCCUUCCUGUGGGGGUGAAGGAGCUGAUCAUGUGGUUCUUGAGCGCCCAUGUAGAUCACCUGGAUCCCGUCAAGCUCAGUUGCUUCUCCUACAUAAACGACAGAGUCAUGAGGGUCCUCCUGCUGGUAAAGACUCUGGUGUUUCUGCCGUUAAGCCUGUAUUUCUACGCUCACAUUCUGCACACCAUCGUCCAGAGCGCGAAGGUGCUGCACAGGAGCCAGAGAGUAAAUGUUCGCCUGGCAAAGGUGUUCAGCCUCAUAUCGGUCAUUACCUUCAUGGCACAUACACCUGGUGCUGUAUUUGCACUGAUGGAGCGCCUCUCUGUGUGUCAGGAGAUGGUCAGAGAUCUGCUGCUGGACCUGCCUGUGCUCUCCAGUCCCGUGAUCCUGCUCUGUAUGAAUAAAGAGCUGAGGAGCCAGUGUCUCAUGCUGCUCCAGCGCAGCACCACCAGCCACUAUGUCAGAAAAAAGUCUCACACCAAGACAGACGAGCAGCACAACAGCCUGACAACUGGAGAAACAGACACACUUCACCUCUGAGUCAUAAUAGUUGUAGCAUCAAAGAUCCACUGCAACGACAUGAGACAUGAACUUGAACUGGGUUAAAAAGCUUUUUCUCUCUUCUUUUUUCUUUUUCUUUCAGUUUGUCGCUGAGGCGGAUAAAUGUUCAAAUAAGAAUGACAAACAAAAACAUACAGCAAAUAAAUACUUCAAAGACGAAGAAAACACGAGGUUUUGUUCUGUGGUGUUAUUUUUUUCAUGGGUGCGUUUGCUCUGGGUUGAAUGUGGGUCAGAUUGUAAAUUAAUCUCCUUCAAAGUCACAGUGAGACAAACAACACAGCCCACAUGUCUGGGAUCAAUAUGUCUUUGUACUGUGAGUUAUGUACUUUGUACUACUGAGUUGUACUGUUUCAUGUGCAGCAGUGCAAUGUUAUCAUUUAGUCAUAAUGUACAUCCACUGGCUUUUUGAAAAAUAUGCUCCUGUUGGACUAGUAGUGAUGCAGUGGCAUCUAGUGGUGAAGGUCUGUACUGCAUUUAUCUCAACACUUACAGCUUUAACCAUCACUGGGUUCAAAUUAUAAAUACUUGAGUCACACGUGCACACAUGUGUUUGAAUA